GAGCCUCCGCUCCGCCCAGAUUCCCAAUCCCCUCGCUGUAGUCAUGCUCCAAAAUUCCCAAUCUCUUUCCAGAUCCACCUAGACCUAGCGACCACCGUACCAUGGCAGCACCGCCGCCUGCGAUCCCGGACGACCUCGUCGAAGAGAUCCUCCUCCGCCUCCCGCCCGACCACCCCGCAUUCCUCCUCCGCGCCUCCAUUGUCUGCAAGGACUGGGCCGGCAUCGUCUCUCGCCCGCCCUUCCGCCGCCGCCUCCACGAGCUCCACCCGACGCCACCCCUCCUCGGCUUCCUCCGCCGCCUCCACGAGCUCCACCGGACACCACCCGUCCCCGGCUUCCUCCGCUGCUUAGUCCGCGGCCUCGUCCCCCACUUCAUCCCCACCACCGCCUCGUCCUUCUCUCCCGCCGCCCCGGACUGGCACUCCUGGCGGGCCCAGGACUGCCGCCAUGGCCGCGCCCUCUUCAUCUCCACGGGAGAGGGUACUCCGGAACUCCUUGUGUGGGAGCCAACCACGGGCGCCCAGCAGCACGUGCCGAUGCCCGCGGCGUUCGGGAGGAGGAACUACUUCCCGAUGGCGACUGUGUUGUGCACAGCGGAUGGGUGCGACCAUCGCGACUGUCUCGGGGGUCCUUUCCACGUCGUCUUCUCCUUCUCAGACGGCCCAGAUCAGGAGGAUUUUGACCCAGAGGAGGAGGAGGAGGAGGAGGAGGAGUGGGUUAGGUCGCUGACCGUAUACUCGUCGGAGACUGGCACCUGGGGAGAGCUGACCUCGGUGCACAUCAAGUUCCAAAUUAACUACCAACAAUAUUCCAGCCUGCUCGUUGGCAGCUCUUUGCUCUACUUCACGGGCAUGCCCGAAUAUACGUCAAUCACGGAGUAUGACAUGGCAAGGCACACUUUGACCGUGUUCGAGCCACCAGGCGACUGCUCCGAAGUCGGAUGUAACCUCAUGCCGACGGAGGAUGGUGGAUUGGGAGUUAUCGAAGGCUUGUUCGAUCAGCAUGUCAAAUUGUGGACAAGGGAGGCGGGUGACGGGUGACGGGACUGAUGCACGAUGGGUGCUGAGCCGGGAAAUCUGCUUGGACAAUUUGCUCCCAAUUGGUGCUCCUAGUGACGCGCGCCGUGGAGUGACGCGAGUGGUGAGGUUUGUUGAGGGAGCAGAUGUCAUUCUCGUUAGCACGGAUGCUGACCUGUUCACAGUUGAGCUACAAUCAGAGCAUGUGAGGAAGGUCUGCAAUUACGGUGGCUUCGAUGAUUUGAUUCCAGUUGUCGGUUUCUACACUCCUGUGCCCAGAGGUGAGCACCAGAAUCUUCUGGCAUUGAAGCCUAAUAAGGAAGCAGGCGGUGAGGAGGAGAAAGCGGUAGAUCAGGCGCAGCUGCUGUUCGACAAGGGGUCCAAUGCAAUCAAGGAGGGGGACUUUGUCAACACCUUCGAAAGCAUCAGCCAUUGCCACAAGAUGAGGUUCCUUGUUAUGGAGAAGGUGCUCUGGAGGGUGCUAGUAUGCUCAACAAACAUGGAUGUGCCUUGCUAAUGAAAGAUUCUUCGGGUGAUAUUCCCAAGAGUGCACCAAAUGAAGAAUCCAUGAAGGGUACAACCAGCAAAGAUGAUGCCGGGAACUCGGUAACCUCUGAAUCUGAUAGCAAUGUUGAGGGUGCUCCAGCUUCAGAGAAAGAUUUGGAAGAGAGUAUUAAAACAACAGCGAGAGGAUGAGGAGAGGAAGCUUUAACACAAGGCAAAGAAGGAUGCAAAGAAGAAAGAGCGGGAGAUUUUGGAGUCAAAGUGAAUGCUGCUUCAGGUGGUAUCUUUUGGUCGGCGUGUGGCUGCCGAACACGUGGUCAUGGGCCCGUUGCUAUAUGCACCUUGAUCCGAAGAUAGCGAGUGCCAGACAUAACUCUAUGAUGCAAAGCUGCAGGAGUGGAGAUUUUGAAAAGAAAAUGUUUGUAAUGCAAGGGAACUUAUUAUUGUAGCGACCAGGCUCUGUAAUGAAUAGGUUACCUUGUCGUACACUGGUGAUUAUCUGAGAAGCAUUCCGUCUUUGAGAAAUAUGAUAACUAUCUGCAAGAAGAUAAUUGUUGGUUAAGGUACUCUGUUUCUCAAGACUCUGUUCUUUUACUCUUUCUGGUUCUAUGUCCGAACUGUUUUCUAGGAAGGAUUUCAUUUCAGAGCAAGUAAAUAGCAUAUGCAUUGUAGCUAAUUCUGAGAUGCAGCGGAGGCCAUUGGGCGAAGGAUAUGUUUCAAGGCAGGUAGUGCACUCUUAUUCCCAAAUCAGCAUUUGUUCCUGGAACAUAGUAACAAUUUAAUUAGUUUCGUGAA